AUGACUGAUUCAGUAUCUGUCACUAGUAUGAGUGAGGAUGAAAGAGACAUCCAACCAAUUAAGAAAAUUAAAAAAAACCCUAAAAAAGAUGAAAUGAAAGUCUUUCUUAGAAUAAGACCUUAAGACAAUCUAGACUAAAGAGGCCCUAUUGGAGUUAAUGAGUAAGAAAGAUGCAUAAUGGGAAUAUCAAAUGAUGAAUAUCUUAAUUAAAAAAUAGAAGAGUUUAGAGGAUUGAAAUUCAACAAAAUAUUUAAAGAAGAUUGCUCUUAAGAUGAAUUUUACAAUGAUGUAAUAGCUCCUAUUCUUCCAGACAUAUUUAAUUCUAAAAAAAGUUCAUUGAUAUUUGCAUAUGGUGUAACAAAUAGUGGCAAAACUCAUUCUAUUUUGGGUUCAAGAAAGUAUAAUUAAAAUGGUGAUGGAAUUUUGCCAAGGGUCUUAUUUUUUUUAGUUGAAGCCAAAAAACUUAUUAAGCAAUAGAUUCAAUAAAAAGUAGAUUUCAAUGAUGAUGGAAUUUUCUCUGAAAAUAAGAUAACAAUAGAUGGCAUUACAAUAGAUUUAAAAAAUUUCAUUUUUCAUUCUCAUAAUCAUCAUCAUAAAUUAUAAGACAUUAAUAUUUUGUUUGAAAAUUUUGAAAUUUAUAAUGAGGAUAUAUUUGAUUUAUAAACUGUUUAAGUAUAAUCGCAACCUUAAUCUUUAUAGCUAAAUAAUACAUUUCACAACACUCUUAGUCAGUAACUAAAUACAGAUCAUAAGAAAGAAAAAAGGAGUGCAAGUAAAAGAAAUACAGCUUAAAAGAACAAGCUGAAAAUAAAGGAAAAAUUUAACAAAAAAAUCUACAUCAAAGAUUUGAUAACAAAUGAGGUAGAUAGCUUUGAGUAAAUUAACUGGUUGAUCAAAAAUGCAAUUGAAAAUAGAUAAGUUCGAAAUAAUAAUGUUAACUAAAAUUCAAGUAGGUCUUAAUGCUGCUUUAAAAUAAGAGUAAAAUUUACAUAUUGCAAUUCUCUUUAUAGUUAAAUCGAAGAAGAGGCAAGUUUACUCAUUUUAGAUCUAGCAGGUGCUGAAAGAGCUAAAAAAACAAAUAACACAGGAUCAAAAAUGACAGAGUCUUGUCACAUAAAUAAGACAUUGUUAUGUUUAGGAAACUGUAUUAGAUCCUUGAGGAAUGGGGAUGAAAAUAUACCUUAUAGAGAAUCCAAACUUACAAGAAUAUUGAAUGAAUAUUUUGUAGAUCAAAAUAAUGUAUUGAUGAUAGUUCAUAUACACCCAGGAAUAAGUUAUACAGAAGAAAAUAUUAAUGUUUUAAAAUAUGCUGCUAUAGGCCUAGAGGCAAAACUAAAGGCAGCUGCUACUAUUUAUGAAGGAUCAUCUAAACAUUCAUUUUUAUUGAUGGAUAGUGCAUAGAAAUCUAUGAGAAACGACAAAUCGAUUAUCAGUAACAUCUCAUAUGAUGCUAGAAGCAAUUACAGAGACUAUUAAAGCAUAGAUUAAGAUUAAUUUUUUCCUUAAAUUGAUAAUUUUGCGAAUAAUACAAACUAUAUCCGUACUAAUUAUUUUACACAAAGCGACCAAAAGAGUAAUAAAGGAGGAAUAAGAAACAUUCAUUAAAAUGAUUAUUACUAAAUUUAGAAUUCUGAUGGAUAACUUAUACUUGACUAAGCGAUGAAUUAAGAGAUGGCAAAAACUUUGGAAGAAGAAAAAAAAAGUUUAGAAGAGAAGUAUAAAAAAGAGAUGGAAAUCAAAGAAAUCAUUCAGUAACAAAAGAGGGCAAUUGAAAAUUACGACUUAUAGUUUGAAAAUAUGAUCAAUGAAGAAAAUAAUAAAUUAAAAUUGGGUUAAAGCUUAUUAAAUAUAUUUAAAGUACCAGAUUAAAUUAUGUAUGGUGAAUUAACUGAGGAUCAAGUUAACUAGGAUUACUUAGAAUAAAUCAAGAGAUUUUCAGAUAAUCAAUUAAACUCUUCUAAUAACAGUUAAAGAGAGAUAAUUAGAAUAUCUUCUUAGAAAUUUAAAAAUAGUUCAAAUAAAAACAUAGACAAAACUUAAGAAAAGUAUUAAUAAACAGGAGGAGGUUAUUAAGAUAAUUAAUAGACAUUUGGUAAAACACCAUAUUAAAGUUAGGAAUUGGUAGAAAGAAAAAAUGAAAUAAUUGAUUAAGUUAAUAAAGAGUAAGAAAGUGAUCAUAAAUUCUACAUUAGGGAUAAAAAUAGUACUCAUUCACUGAGAUUAAAUGAAGAAGAUAUGAAACUAAUUAGCUAGCAAAAUAAAAAAUACAGUUUUGAUAGCUAAAACUCUAUUUUAAAUUAUAAAGAAAAUAUUUAAAUUGCAUCUAAUUUAUAUAGAGAUGCUUCAAGUAAAUACCAAUAAGAUGAAAUGUUUUCAUCGAAAAGUAAUUCAAUCAAUUAAAAAUAAAUAAAUUUUAGUUAAGCAUCAAUUUAAAACAAUCAUAAAGAAAGAAACAGUCAAAACAGUCUUUCUGAUUUACAAAUACAUUAAAUUAGAAAGAACUAAUAAUCUACAAGCAAUCAGAAAGAGAUGAUAGAUGAAUAAUCAAAUCUUUUUAGCUAGAAAUUGAGUUAGGGUGAUUCAAGUAUGAUUAAAAAUAGCAAGCAAAUGGAAGUAGAAUUAUUAAAACCAGAUUAAGAGAGAAAAGUUGACAUGGAAAAUGAAUUGGAGUAAUUUUCUAAAGAUAAACCUUCAGCUAAGAAAAGUUCACUGAAAGUAAAAGGAGUUGAUGUCGAUAAGUAUAUUUAAGAAGUAUAUGAUAGCUCUGCAAAAAAAGUAAAUAGUGAAAUUAUUGAUGAUUCAUCAGAAAGAUUACUUGAAUCUCCCAAAAUAUUUGAAGAAAAAGACAGUGAAAGCGAACAUAAUAAAACAGCUCCUAAUUCAAUAAAUUCAGCAACUAAUUUAGAUUACUUUAAAAGAAGUCCUUCCUUAGAUAUACUUUCAGUGAGCUAGUAAUUGCUUUAGCUAAAGUAAUAAUAAGAUUAAGAAAGAGAAAAUUUAUAGCAGUGCUUGAAUAAUGAUGAGGAGGAAAUAAAACAAUAUCUAGAAUUAGAUUUAGAUGAAAAUAACUUAAAAUAAUAAAUAUUAAGCUAAUCUUAAAAACUGAUGUAACUAAUUAAAGAUAAAGAGUAAGAAAUUGAAUACUAAAGACAGUAAUUUAAUAUUUAGUAAGAUAAUAAGAAUAAAGAAGAUUAAAGAAAAAUGAAAGUUUUCGAAGAGUGGAUACAACAAAUUUAGCAAGAACUUAAAAUUUAAUCUAGAUUUUUAGAGUAGAAGGAAGUUAUUCUCUCUUAGUAAUAAUUAGAAUUAGCUAGUCUACAGGCUAAUUUAUAAGAAAAGUAUCGUAUUUAAUAAUAGCAAAUACAAGAAAACUUACUUGCUUCUGAAACUAUGAAAGAAUAGAUACUUAAAUAAGAGUAAAAGCUUAGAGAAGAAACAGAGAGAAUUGUUAACCUUCAAUAAAAAGUUGAAGAAGAAAUGCAAAUGCUAGUCAAAGAAAAAACUCUUCUUGGAAUUCAAAAAAGUAAAAGUGAUGAAAUUAAAUCUAAAACUGCUACACCUUAUAAGUUUAGUAAAAGUAAAAAUUAAAUGGAUGUUGAUUAUCCAAUUGCUUUAUAAGACCAUCAUGUGAACUUUGAUUUAAGCAACCUUUCAUAGUCUAAAUAGGCUAUGGAGGAAGAAAUUGCAAAAUAAUCUUCUGCUCCAAGAAAAUUAAGUGGAAGCUAUUAUCCUGGUCAUGAACCUCAUUCUUAAGGUAGUAGUAAAUAGAGAAAAAAUUGUGAAAAAAGCUAUGCAGAAAAAUAAAUAUAAACCUCAGCUAUUCGUCCUGCUCCGAGAAAUAAUUAAAAUAACUAAUAAAAUCAUUCUGAUGUAAGUGUUUAUACCUAUUAUACUUACAGUGAAGCAGAAUCUGUUAACCCUAUCUUAAUGAACAACAGCUAAGGAUCUUAAUAGUAAAAUAGUGCUCCAAACAGCUAAAAUUCUAAAGAAAAUAAUCUGAAAAGCAAAUACAAAAAUACAUCAAAUCUUUCUCAGUAAAAAAAUAAAAUACAAUUUUCUCCUUAAAAGGAAAAUCAAUCUCUAUUAUUAAACUCUUCUUUAAAGCUAUGCCAGCAAAUAUAAAAUUAAAAUAAUUAAGUAAGUUAAUCCAAAUCCUUAGAGUGUAAUGAAGAAGAAUAAAGUAAAAAAUAUUUUGAUAAAAAACCAAUUGAAUCAGAUUUACAAAAGCUUGAACAGAAAAAUUCAAAUAAGAUAUUAAAAGAAAAGUAAAAUGAAAUGGUUGAUGAAAAUGAUUAAGUUAAAAUAAACAAGCUACAAAACGAAAGUGAACAAAAUGAAAAUUAAGAAGGCUAAGAAAAAAGGAGGUAAAGAGGAAGAAAGAAAGUUGGCUAAAAGCAGAAGAAAGCUACAUCAAAGGAAAGAUAAGAAAAUUCUUCAGUAGAUCUUGAUUCAACUUCAAAAGAAAGUGAAAGUGAAGACUAAGAAGAUCUAACAAAUGAAGAAUAAUUAAGACAAAUUCUUGAUGGCAUUGAUUAAUAGACAACUAAAAAUAAUAAAAAAAGAGGAAGAAAACCAAAGUAAAGAGACAGUUUGUCUUCUAAUAAAUCAAGAAAUUCACUGUCUUCAGUUGACUCUGAAGCAUCUUCAAGAGGACAAAAGAAACAAACUAAAUAAGGCUAAAGCUCAAUAGAAAAGGAUAGGAUUAUAUGCAUAAACGAAAAUGAAUAAAAUGUUAAAAUCUCAAAAGAUAAUAACAAAAGAUCUGCAUCAAACUCUUCUGAUUCUAGAAAUGCUAAAAAAAAGAAUAAAAAUAAAUACAAAAAAUGA